GUCGCCGGCGGCCUGAACGCCGAGCGCCGCGGCCGGCGCAGCGAAGCCUCACCGCGGCAUGCGCGUUCGCUCCCGGAGCUGAGCUGCGCGAUGUGGCGGCGCGGGGUCCGGGGACGCGGCUGGAGGCCGCUGCUGGCGCUGGCGCUGGCGCUGAGCGGGCUGCGAGGGGCGAGGGGCUUCGAGGAGGAUCCUGGCGGCGAUGCGCACGACCAGGGCUUUCAGGUGGUUACGUUCAAAUGGCACCACGUCCAGGACCCGUACAUCAUCGCACUCUGGGUUCUGGUGGCCAGCUUGGCCAAAAUCGUUUUCCACCUGUCCCACAAGGUCACCAGUAUCGUCCCUGAGAGUGCUCUGCUUAUCGUUCUGGGCCUAGUGCUGGGCGGCAUCGUCUGGGCAGCAGACCACAUCGCCUCCUUCACACUCACACCUACGGUCUUCUUCUUCUACUUGCUGCCCCCUAUUGUGCUGGACGCCGGCUACUUCAUGCCAAAUCGGCUCUUCUUUGGCAACCUGGGCACCAUUCUGCUAUACGCUGUCAUUGGCACCAUAUGGAAUGCAGCAACCACGGGCUUGUCCCUCUAUGGUGUCUUCCGCAGUGGCUUGAUGGGUGAGCUGAAGAUUGGGCUCCUGGAUUUCCUGCUGUUUGGUAGCCUGAUUGCUGCUGUGGACCCAGUGGCCGUGCUGGCUGUGUUUGAAGAAGUCCAUGUCAAUGAGGUCUUGUUCAUCAUUGUUUUUGGAGAGUCACUGCUGAAUGAUGCAGUGACUGUGGUCUUAUACAACGUUUUUGAAUCUUUUGUGACACUGGGUGAUGAUAAAGUGACUGGCGUGGAUUGUGUGAAAGGCAUAGUGUCCUUCUUCGUGGUGAGCCUGGGGGGCACUCUGGUGGGGGUUGUCUUCGCCUUCCUGCUGUCCUUAGUGACCCGCUUCACCAAGCACGUGCGCAUCAUCGAGCCUGGCUUCGUCUUCAUCAUUUCCUACCUGUCCUAUCUGACCUCCGAGAUGCUGUCCCUGUCAGCCAUCCUGGCCAUCACCUUCUGUGGCAUCUGCUGUCAGAAGUAUGUGAAGGCCAACAUCUCAGAACAGUCGGCUACUACUGUGCGCUACACCAUGAAGAUGCUGGCCAGUGGGGCAGAGACCAUCAUCUUCAUGUUCCUGGGCAUCUCAGCUGUGAACCCCCUCAUCUGGACAUGGAAUACAGCUUUCGUGUUGCUGACGCUUGUCUUCAUUUCUGUGUACCGGGCCAUUGGUGUUGUCCUACAGACCUGGAUUCUGAAUCGCUAUCGCAUGGUACAGCUAGAGACCAUUGACCAGGUGGUCAUGUCCUAUGGUGGCCUCCGUGGGGCAGUGGCCUAUGCCUUGGUGGUACUUCUGGAUGAGGAAAAGGUUAAAGAGAAGAACCUGUUUGUCAGCACCACCAUCAUUGUGGUCUUCUUCACAGUCAUCUUCCAGGGUCUGACCAUUAAGCCCCUGGUGCAGUGGCUGAAGGUGAAGAGGAGUGAGGAGCGUGAGCCGAAGCUCAAUGAGAAGCUCCAUGGCCGGGCUUUUGACCACAUCCUCUCAGCCAUCGAGGACAUCUCAGGACAAAUUGGACACAACUAUCUCAGAGAUAAGUGGUCCAAUUUUGAUAGGAAGUUCCUCAGCAAAGUCCUCAUGAGAAGGUCGGCUCAAAAGUCUCGAGAUCGGAUUCUGAAUGUUUUCCACGAGCUGAACUUGAAGGAUGCUAUUAGCUAUGUGGCUGAGGGAGAGCGCCGUGGGUCUCUGGCCUUCAUCCGCUCCCCAAGCACAGAUAACAUCGUCAAUGUGGACUUCAGCACGCCCCGCCCAUCAACUGUGGAGGCAUCUGUUUCCUAUCUCUUGAGGGAGAACGUCAGUGCUGUGUGCCUGGAUAUGCAGUCCUUGGAGCAGAGGCGGAAGAGUAUCCGUGACACUGAGGACAUGGUUACCCACCACACACUGCAGCAGUACCUGUACAAGCCUCGACAGGAGUACAAGCAUCUCUACAGUCGGCAUGAGCUAACACCAAAUGAGAAUGAAAAGCAGGACAAGGAAAUAUUCCACAGGACCAUGCGGAAGCGUCUGGAGUCCUUUAAGUCAGCCAAGUUGGGCAUCAACCAGAACAAGAAGGCAGCCAAGCUGUAUAAGAGGGAGCGUGCACAGAAGCGGAGGAACAGCAGCAUCCCUAAUGGGAAGCUGCCUGUGGAGAACCUGGCACACAACUUCAUCAUCAAAGAAAAAGAUUUGGAACUUUCAGAGCCUGAGGAGACCCCCAUCUAUGAAGAGGAGAUCAGUGGGGGCAUUGAGUUCCUGGCCAAUGUCACCAAGGAUGUAACCUCUGACUCUGGAGCAGGAAUUGACAAUCCUGUGUUCUCCCCUGACGAGGACCUGGACCCAAACAUCCUGUCCAGGGUGCCGCCCUGGCUGUCUCCUGGGGAGACAGUGGUGCCCUCCCAGAGGGCCCGUUUCCAGAUUCCCAACUCUCCUAGCAACUUCCGCCGCCUGACACCAUUCCGCCUCAGCAACAAAUCUGUGGAUUCCUUCCUGCUGGCUGACAGACCUGAGGAGCAGCCCCACCCCACUUUCCCUGACUCCACACACAUGUGACACCGGCUCCGACACACCGCUUACUGCACGUUCGUCCCCGCGUCGGCCGCCCCUCGCGGCCCAGCAGCCCUUACUCCCUACUCGGCUGGCCCGCCCCCGCGCCCCGAGCCCCCGGCCGCCCGAGGGUGCU